AUGUAUGAAAUGCACAGCCUCUGGAGGAUAACUCGAAGGGCAACGUCGAAACGCAAACGCAAACCGGAGCUGAGAAAGACACAACACAGAUCUGCUUCGUGCGGUGAGAUGAGCAAGUAUGGUUUGAACCUUAGGCCACCGAAGCCAAAGAAACCGCCACCAAGGCCCUCCCUUGCCACCCCCUUUGGGUUCAAUGAUGAUGACGAGAAUGACGUUGAGAGAGAAAUUGCUCUUCAGGCUAGCAAGAAUAAACGUCUCAAGGAAGUUGAGGAGCAGCAAAAGAAAGCCUUGGAGGAAGAUCCAUCUGUAUUUGAUUAUGAUGGAGUCUAUGACAAAAUGAAAGCCAAAGAAACUCGCCCGGUGACACAAGAUCGUGAAGAGAGAAAGCCAAAAUAUAUUGAAAAUCUGAUUAAAAAGGCCAAAGAGCGAGAGCAGUAUCGUGAGAUUGUUUAUGAGAAAAAGAUUGCCAAAGAGAGAAGCAAAGACGACCAUCUCUAUGCUAACAAAGACAAAUUUGUUACAGAAGCGUAUAGAAAGAAGCUUUCCGAACGAGAGAGACAAAUGGAGCUGGAACGUUUGCGUGAACUUCAAGAGGAAAGAGAUGACGUUACCAAGAAGAAGGAUUUUUUGCUUGAUUUUUAUUCAAACCUUGAUAAAAACGUUGCUUAUGGAGCAAAAGACGCCCAAGCGAGGAAACGUGACAAUCAGGCUGAGCGCAGAGUUGCAGAGACCCAUGAGGGAGGAGAGAGUCAUGCACCAGAUGACCAUGAACAACGUAAUGGGUCAGAUGAAGUGGAGCAUUCGAUGGACAAGUCAAGUUCACCAGCGGAGUCCCCUACAGAAAUUAAGAUUGGGGAACAGGGUGGAGCUUCUAAUCCAUUGGACACGAAACCAAUUCCUGAGGCUUCGUCCGUGGAAGAAAAGAGUUCAGCUGAACAGCCUCUGGCUUCUCAACCAGCGCCCGAUCAUCACAAAAGAAGUCUGGAUACUUUGGCUGCAGCUAAAGAGCGCUUCCUGGCGCGUAAGAAAGCAAGGGAUCAAUGA